AUGUCUCUAACGGGACAGUUGACUUCUGCAGGUGUAUCUCUUUUUGGAAUGAUUUUUACGUCGGGGCUGCUGAUGAAUAUCUUUAUCACCUCGGUGAAUUUCAUCGACUGGUUGAAAAGGAGACAGAUUCAUGACUCCGACAAAAUCCUCUCCUUCUUAACAGUUUCAAGGAUGUGGAGCUUUUCUUUUUUUUAUGGCGAUUCGUGGUUUCUCACUCUGCUUUCGGUUUUCUACUUUCUGAAAAUUUCAAGUUAGAAGCACGUCGUCUUUUUGCUUCUGAGAAGGCUGAUAUCUCAAAGGCUGACGGGCGCCAUCGUUGUGACCAUUCUGUUUGUUCUUUGUAAGGCGUGUCUGCAGAUGUGGGCUUUUUCCCAUGAUGUACGUUUCAAUAAUUCAACACAUUUUCAGCCGGAUGAACCCUGCCAUACGCAGCCAGUGCUACAUGGUAUCACUUUUGUAGUGGGGAACUGCGGACCUUUCCUUAUAUUCGGCUCCUCGUUAGUUCUGCUAAUCACCUCUCUGUGCCGUCACAUGAAGCACAUGAGGGCAAGUGACAAUGGUUUUAACAGUGAACAUGGGAACAGUUAUUAUGUUGCCAUAAAGUCCUUGAUCAUCUGUUUUCUUAUUUUCAUGUCAUACAUUUGCUCCAACGUGGUGAUGGUAUUUUGUGGGUUUUUACAAGACGCCAUAUGGAUGUACAUAUCAGAGGAAAUGUGCCCAGCUUUACACUCUGGGUAUUUGAUCUACACAACACCAAGAUUAAAGCUGCGGCUCUUGACGAUGGUCCAAAACGGGGCAAAAUGCGUCAUAAGAAGGAAAGGUACUCGGUCGCAUUCCAGUAACCAAUUGGAGACCAUUGCUCAGUGA